GGAGUCCGAACGGUAGCGCUCCCGUUGCUUGUCCGCGGGCCGGGAUGACCCAGUCUGUGGUCGUACAGGUCGGGCAGUGCGGAAACCAGAUCGGCUGCUGCUUCUGGGACCUGGCGCUGAGGGAGCACGCGGCGGUCAACCAGAAAGGAAUUUAUGACGAUGCACUGAGCAGUUUCUUCAGGAACGUGGAUACCAGAGUGGGUGGUGAUGGCAGCAGUAUUUCCAAAGGAAGAAUAUCUUCGUUAAAAGCACGAGCAGUUUUGAUUGACAUGGAAGAGGGAGUAGUUAAUGAAAUUCUCCAAGGACCACUGAGAGAUGUGUUUGACAGCAAGCAACUCAUCACUGAUAUUUCUGGCUCGGGAAACAAUUGGGCUGUGGGUCACAAAGUUUUUGGAAGUCUUUACCGGGAACAGAUUCUAGAGAAGCUCCGGAAAUCAGCAGAGCAGUGUGACUGUUUGCAGUGUUUCUUCAUCAUACACUCCAUGGGAGGAGGAACAGGAUCUGGACUUGGCACGUUUCUGCUAAAGGUGCUCGAAGAUGAAUUCCCAGAAGUGUACAGAUUUGUGACAGCAGUUUAUCCUUCCAGCGAGGACGAUGUCAUCACUUCGCCUUACAACAGCAUGCUGGCCAUGAAGGAACUGAAUGAGCACGCAGACUGUGUGCUGCCCAUUGACAACCAAUCUUUAUUUGACAUCAUUAGCAAAAUUGAUCUUGUAACUUCUGGCAAGUUGGGUGCAGCUGUGAAGCCUAAGAGUCUAGUUACCACAAAUGUGGGGACCGUUACAAAAUGCCCCAAGAAGCCUUUUGAUGCAAUGAACAACAUUGUGGCCAAUCUGCUCCUCAGCCUGACAAGCUCUGCAAGAUUUGAGGGAUCCCUUAAUAUGGACCUGAAUGAGAUCAGCAUGAACUUGGUUCCUUUCCCUCAACUUCAUUAUCUUGUGUCAAGCCUUACACCUCUGUAUACUCUGGCAGAUGUGAACAUUCCACCUCGAAGAUUGGACCAGAUGUUUUCAGAUGCCUUUAGUAAAGACCACCAGCUCAUCCAAGCAGACCCCAGACAUAGUCUCUACCUCGCCUGUGCUCUCAUCGUUAGAGGAAAUGUGCAGAUUUCAGAUCUUCGCAGAAACAUUGAAAGGUUGAAACCUGCUCUGCAUUUUGUCUCCUGGAAUCAAGAAGGCUGGAAGACUAGCCUGUGUUCAGUGCCCCCUGUGGGUCACUCCCAUUCAUUAUUAGCUUUAGCAAACAACACGUGUGUGAAGCCCACCUUCAUGGAACUGAGAGAAAGGUUCAUGAGGCUCUACAAGAAAAAGGCUCACCUCCAUCACUAUCUUCAAGUUGACGGGAUGGAGGAAUGUGCUUUUGCAGAAGCUGUGUCCUCUCUGUCAGCUCUCAUUCAGGAGUAUAAUGAACUUGAUGCCACAAAGAGCAUGCCUGCGCUGGAUGUGCCUCGGCUAAGCGUGGCCUUGUGAUGUAUAUACACACACUGGUGUGUGGGAUCACUUGUAGCAAUUUGUGGUACACCAUGUAAUCCAGUGUGUUCAGGACCAGCCUGGGCUGCACAGUGAGAGCCGAUGGAGAGGAAAAGAGUGUCUCUUCAUCGCCCUUCUUUCCCCAUCGCUUCCUUUUGCAGACCUCCUCACUCUGGUGAAAGCUCAGGAAAGACUGUACAUGUCUUUUCUGUGUUUAUCUUUCCGUGCUCUGUUUAAAUGCUUGGGAAAGCAGGUCCUAGGAAUGGAAGAACAGAGUGUGUCAUGUUUGGACUUUUAGGGGAGUCUUUAUUAAAACUGAUAAGCCUUUGUUCUGUUGAGUAGUAACAUGCCUAUACUCAAGAGAAUCACAACUUAGACGUACAGUCACUUCUAAAAUAGUUUAAAAGCAGAUGUUCAACAUGUCACUGUUUGCACACUGAGCAGACCAUUGCUGAACUUGGUAAUGUCACUGUUUGCACACUGAGCAGACCAUUGCUGAACUUGGUAUCUUUAUCUGAAUUUCGUAGUAAGUGGUCAUUAUUUACUGAAAUGAUUCCAGUCUCCACAAUAUUUUGAAUCUUUAAUAUUGAUUUUAGUUGCAUUUAUAUUUCAGAUCCGUUUGGUUUAUCCUUCAAGGAAAAAAUUUGGGGGGAAAAAUUCUUUUCAAGAAAAACUAAUCUGUUGUUUGCUUUGUUUAUUAAUAGUUUAUGUUUCUUCCCUUUGCUAAGUAAUUGUUAUAUUUUUGGCUUUUAUAUUGAUAGUUUAGAUUUUUUUAUAGUAUUUGGUAUAAAAGCUGCAGUAUUAACAGUUAUUAGCAGUAGUCCCAGAAGUUCCAUUUUCUCCUUCCUAUAAGCAUCUUAGCUGAUAUUCAGAACACGACAAUGAAUAUUAUAGAUACAUUUGUAGUAUCUUAUUUUUAAGAAUUUUCCCUUUAAUAUCAUGUUAUAGGAUCUGAUAGACUGCAUUGCCAGGUACAGAAUAAAAUUUUAAAUUAUAU